UUUGUUUAAUAGCUUUACGAAAUUUCCUUUUGCCAAUAUUUUCAAUAUAAACAAAUUUUCUUACGCAGUCUGGCAGCACCUAAACGAGCUGAGUAUCGAUACUUGAUCACUGACAGCUUUUGACCAACAAAAUUUAUGAAAUUCACAUUAUUGUCGAAGCUUUUAAGUUUUUCAUAUAAAUUACAAUGACGACAUUAACUACUUAGGCAUAAGCCAGCUACACCUCGAAUAACUAAACUCUAUUUACAUAUCAAACGGGAAACGACGUUUAACAAAUAAUGGCGUCAAAUGAUAUUGAUUUUGAUGAAGAGUUUGAGAAAUAUUUGCAUCAGAUGUUCCAUAUCAAACCAUGUGAUGUGAAAUCCAAAUGUGAUGAAUCAGUUGUUGAAUAUUUUGGAGUCCUAAGUCUAACUGACAUCCGAUCACCGGAGCGGAGGUUGUGGUACAUCUAUUAUUCCAAGCAACCAGAAGUCGAUGAAACCCUUAAUCGUAUUUUCCAUAAAUACGGAAAAAAGAAUAUGUGUGAAAUAUUUCGGAAGCAUACGUUUAGUGGAGUUGCCUUGCGUGCCAGAGUAAAAUCUUAUUUUCAAGAUAGAAAGUGGCAUGUGAAAGGCAAUUUACUAGAGGCUCCUGCGAAAUGCUCCUUCAACAGCGAUCAAAUGAUCAAAGUAAUAACAGAACUGCACCAUGAAGAACGAAAAAUGCUUUAUAACUUCUUGUGUAUGAAACAUAAUGGAAUGCGGAAGUAUUUCUAUUAAUGGGAUACAUAUUUGGUAUCUUAUUAUAUAAAAAACCUGUGAUUCAUAUGUUUACAAUGAAAAUAACAAAUUAUCGUUUAUUAUUGAUCUUAUAUUUAAGAAUAUUAAGUGUUAAGUAAAUAAAAGUAAUAUCUUCUAUACUUGUCAAAUCUUCAGCUAAGAAAUUGAUUGAUAAAGCUAUAAACCGGCUACAGAAAGCCUAUCAGCUGUUCCACACUUCUAAUAAAUUGAUACGUCUUGGAAAAA